AAGUAUAUAAAAGAGAUAAAUUCAUUGCACAUCUCGCCAGUUUAAGCUGAGAAAAUGUUGAACCUUGGUCAAGAAUUUCCGGAUUUCACAGCCGAUACCACUUACGGAAAAAUUCGAUUCCACGAGUGGCUGGAAAAUAAAUGGGCAAUUUUAUUUUCUCAUCCGGCUGACUAUACUCCGGUUUGCACCUCCGAAUUAGGAAGAGUUGCACAGUUAAUACCCGAAUUUCGUAAGAGAGAUGUUAAAGUGUUAGCUUUGUCUUGUGAUAGUGUAGCCGAUCACAAAAGAUGGGUUAAAGAUAUCUGCGCCUAUUCUGAUUUUGAAUUUGAUGUUUUCCCUUAUCCAAUUAUCGGAGACGAAUCUAGAGAAAUUGCUGAGAAAUUGCAAAUGUUGGAUCCAGAAGGCAAAGAUAAGAAGGGAUUACCCGUCACGUGCCGUGGGCUAUUUAUCAUAGGACCCGAUAAGAAGUUGAAACUAUCGAUUCAUUAUCCAAUUUCUACUGGAAGAAAUUUUUCUGAAGUGUUAAGAGUAUUAGAUGCUCUUCAACUUUCAGAGAAGCACCAAGUAGUUACUCCAGCCGAUUGGAAUCCUGGCGAUACUUGCAUGGUAGUUCCAUCUGUCAAGGAAGAAGAAUUACCAAAACUCUUUCCUCAAGGUGUGGAAAAUUUUCCUGUUCCAUCGGGAAAGAGCUACAUAAGAUUGACAAAAGUGCCAAUUACUACUUUAAAGUAAUCAAAUGCUUUCAUAUAUCUACGAACAAACAAUGAAAAAUUGUUUUUUUUACCA